UCAUCAGGUGUGUUUGCUGAUACAGAUGCAGUGGAGUCAGUGUCAGUGCUGGAGGGAGAUUCAGUCACUCUAGACUCUGGUUUUACUGAAAUAAUGGAUGAGGAUCUGAUUCUGUGGAGGUUUGGAGCUGAAAACACUGUGAUAGUUAAGAUCAAUUUAAUAGCCGGCAGCAUGACUGUAUAUGAUGAUGUUCUUGAUGGGAGAUUCAGAAACAGACUGAAGCUGGAUCAUCAAACUGUAUCUCUGACCAUCACAAACAUCACAACUGAACACACUGAACUAUAUAAACUACAGUCCAACAGUCUGAGCAAAAGCUUCAGUCUUACUGUCUAUGAUCUGUCUGUUCCUGUCAUCAGCAGUAACUCUUCACAAUGUUCUUCUUCAUCAUCAUCAUCAUCAUCAUCAUCAUAUUGUUCAUUGUUGUGUUCAGUGGUGAAUGUGGGUCAUGUGACUCUCUCCUGGUACAAAGGAAACAGUUUAUUGUCCAGCAUCAGUGUGUCUGAUCUCAGCAUCAGUCUCUCUCUACCUCUGGAGGUGGAAUAUCAGGAUAAAAACAGCUACAGCUGUGUGCUCAACAAUCCCAUCAGCAACCAGACCACACAUCUGGACAUCAGCAAACUAUGUUACUCAUGUGAAG